GUCUGCAAAAAGUUGUUUUGAUGCCUCUUUCUCUGCGAGAGACGCCCACGUGCAUCUUCGAGCCAAUAAAAUCGAGGGACAGGUUUGUCUUGAACAAAUGACCAGUCACGGGCUCAGACAGGGCGGGCACUGCUACAGCUGACAUCAUCAUAAACCAAUGGGGCGGGAGAAGUGUGGAGGCUGGGCGGCGGGUCUCACCAAUGAGGCGGCUCAGUCAGGAAGUGGGUGUGAGGACGUCUUUCGCUUGGGAGAUUUAGCUAGGAAACUGGCUAGAAUCCGUGGCUCUGGAGUCAGCUGUUUCGCGUGGAAUCGAGCCUGUAGUUGAGCCAAGAUGGCGGCCGACGCGAAGCCAGUUGCCACUUUAUUCGAGAACAAGGGGGCGGGUCUAGAACUGCAUCACAGCUGAUCUGGAGGUUUUCCCCCCUUAAGUUGUUUUUGCAGAGAGCAGCUUUGCAGAGAUUCACAGGGGGACCUCUCUUGUUUUCCCACUGUCCCUCCUUCUAUUUUGGACCUCACGCUUUUUAAAAACUACACCCAAAUUCGUCUUCAACCCACCGGAUUUGAGCACCAGCGCAGUUCCAAUAUGCCACUUCUUUUCAGAAUAAACUGCUUUUAUCGCAAAUUUUCCCCCGAAUACCCUCCGUCUUUUUGUCAUCCGCGGAGAAUUUAGCCCAGGGCUGACCCACUUUGAAUGUUUUCGCCUUCCCAGCAUCCCAUGUGUUAGCGCGAGCCCACAGUGGAGAUGUUUUCGGCAGGAGAGGAGGUUAAGUCCCAUUUGUUUACCUCACUGAAGGAGUCCCAUGGAGCUGCCAUCUCCCCGACACUGGAGCUCAGCCUGACCGCCGUCUACACCGUCCUCUACUCUUUCCUGUUUGUUUUCGUCUACCUGCAGCUCUGGCUCAUUCUGCACUACGGACACAAGCGCUUCAGCUACCAGAGUGUGUUUUUGUUUCUGUGUUUGCUGUGGGCCGCGCUGAGGACGACCCUCUUCUCUUUCUACUUUAAAAAUGUGGUGCAGGCGAACCAGCUGCAGCCUCUGGCCUACUGGCUGCUCUACUGCUGCCCCGUCUGCCUGCAGUUCUUCACCCUCUGCCUGCUCAACCUCUACUUCACACAGGUGAUGUUUAAGGCUAAAGCCAAGUACUCCCCAGAGCUCACCAAAUACAAGGUUCCUCUGCGUUUGUUCUUCCUGUGUCUCAGCAUUUUCUUCCUGGUGGUGAAUUUAACAUGUGCAUUGUUAGUGCAAGGAGCUCUGGAGCGCUCUGAGUCACCGAGUGAUGUGGGUGUCAGACAUGCAGUCCUGGCCCGCGUCCUGAUCAAUGACAGUCUGUUUGUCCUGUGUGCCGUCUCUCUGGCUGUCUGCAUCUUCAAGAUUGCCAAGAUGUCCUCUGCCAACGUUUACCUUGAAUCCAAGGGUACAUCAGUGUGUCAAGCGACGGCCAUAGGAGCCGUGGUCAUUCUGCUCUACACGUCCAGGGCUUGUUACAACCUGGUGGUGGUGGCCCUGUCGCCACAGGACAGACCCAGUCCCUUCAACUACGGCUGGUACAGCGUCUCCGAUCAGGCCGAUGUGCAGGAGAUCAGCGGUGAAGCCUACAUCGUGUUCGGAAUCAUUCUGUUCUUCUGGGAACUGCUACCUACAAGCCUGGUGGUGGUUUUCUUCCGAGUCCAGAGACCCAACCAAAACCUGGCUCCGGGAGGGAUGAUCAACAGCCACAGUUUCAGCUCCAGGGCUUAUUUCUUUGACAACCCUCGGCGGUAUGAUAGUGACGACGACCUGUCCAGAAGCAUUAAUAGUAGGAACGAUCGGACCAGUCUCCUCUCCACCACUCCCCAGCUGGGUACGUCUAGUUGGUACGGCUCCAUCCAGCGCAACGGGACUCUGACGGCGGGCGUUGCAUCCGCCCAGCAACCCCCAUCCUCCACAGCCCCGCUCCUCUUUGCCUACGGAAACAUCCAGAGUCACAACCACCACCAUCACAACUACUACUCCACCCCGCAGAACAACAACUACCACCACCACCAUCACAGUAACUUCUACUCCACCCCACAGAAUUAUUACUGUGGGUCGCAGACGUACUUCUGCACCCCACAGAAUUGAGUGGAGUCCGUCGUAAAAGGUAUAAAAAAGGACUAAUAGCAAACAAUUCCCCGUCACCUUUUCGCUUUCUGUGGUGUGUCAAAGCAGGUACUUCUGGGGUCGUGCCUAAAAAUUGGUCAGCCGAAUUCUUCCAGAGAAAUUGGGUGGCAUCUGCAAGUGUCAUUAAAUGGCACAUAUAGUCCCAUUUUCCACUAAAAGUAUCUGAACUUUUUGUCAUUUUUGGACUGGAAUGAAGGAAAGCGCAGCCCACGGACAUUACGAGUUUUAGCACUUACGCGGCUAAUGAACGUAAAACUACAAAGACCAGAGGCUGGAAUUAUCAGGGACCAGAUAAUCAUUGCUCUCAUCAUCCUUUCCCCCCUUUUCCCUUGUUAAUUUCAUUCACCCAUACUACUAUGGAACAUACAACUCUGGUCAGACAGGAGCCAUGGAGGCCUAGCAGCUAAUUAAGCUAACAUGGCCAGUGCUGAAACUGCGAUGUCCGUCAACACUUCUGGACACAAAAACAUUAGCCACUCGGCUAUUAUUUGUCAAAAAUGAGUUGUGUGACUGAUACAUUCAUUGUAACUAGCAUAAAAAGGGUAAUUUAGGCCGGAAAAGAACAGUGAAGGGUGCUUGCCUGCUAGCUUCAUCCUCGAUCCUCAAAAAGACCUCUGACAAUGAAAACCAAAUGAUAUGCAUCUACAAAGGGCAUUUCAUGGUGUUUCUCACUUUUAGGUGUGGUUAUGUUUGACAGGAAAUUAGCAGUUGCUAAUUUGCCAUCAGCUGUUGUAGUGGAUGUAGUGGUGAGAGCUAGCUUCAAACACCAACAGCUAGCUUAAACUCAAAAUCUGCUUAACCAAGAAAACUCUUAUGAAAUGGAAAAACAAAUGCUUUUCAAAUUCCAUCCGUCAUAGACUUGGUAAUCUGAUAUUGUUGGUGAAAACAUGAUUGUUAAUUUUGAAAAAUGCCAUUAGCAAGCAUUAGACUUCAGCUUGCCAUGUCAGUCGUACUUUACUGGAAUCUUCUUUAGUUUGACAUGUAAAAUAAGCUUUUUACACUUCUCAUUACUUACCGUAAUACAAAUACUGGUCAAUUUAUCUCAGUGUUCGCGAAUAUCAUCCAUGUAAACCGCUUACAGCCGCAAAAUAAAUGUGAAAUUUAUGUGUAGCUGCCAUAUCUGAAUAGCACAAGCUUGUUCAACGUGUAAAUGUGUAAGAAGAAAAAAGUUUCAUCAAACAAACAAAUGCAUUUUAAAAAAAGAAACAAAAGAAAACAAAAUUAUGGUGGGUAACUGGUUUCAAGAGAUGAGUUUAAGUCUCAGACUCAUUUUAUUAAAAUCUACUCACAAGAACGUGCCACUGCUGUUGGGUAAAAAAUAUUUAACAGCAGCCAAAUCCUACUUCCCCUCCCUGCAUUUACAUUGGAAACGAUGUGAAACCUAAGGCAGGAGUUCCAUACAGCGUCACGAUGUUGAAUGUUGAACUUAUAAAAACAUUUACUAGAUUUUCUUUGCAGUGCCCGCAUCAUUUGGACAAUAUGUAAUAGCUCAAAGUAACAAUAUAUAAUUUAUAUUUAACAUUGGAGUUAAAAUCAUCAGCUCUUGGAUUCUUGGUUCAUUAACAGGAUGAAAGGCUCUCAGAAUCGUAUUUUUUGACCAAAAACCUUUCCUGUAAUCUGAUCCUCUGUGAGCUGUGAGGCAACAAUUUGCACUUAGAAGACCUUCAUAAAAAAGGCGUCUGGCCUGAACGUAGGAUUUCAUCUCCUACUUGUUUUACGUACUUUCUUCAAUCAUCGUCUGUAUGAUAUAUUUUACUAUUUAUCCUUUGAGAAAGGAAAUAUCAAUGUGCCAUCACAUGUUGUCAUAUCUAGUAGUUUAAUUCCUUAUGGAAAAUAUUUUUGCACAAGAAAUGGUUGGAUGAUGUAUGUUUUUUUUCUAAAUUGUUUGUGUCUUCGAGGUUAAUCGAUUCCUAAUCCAUGUGCGUGAAGUGACAAUAUGAGUCGGUGUGUGUGUGUUACUUUAGAUUUUCAUUCUUUAAUAUUGGUAUGCUUUUGUACAUUUUUUUUUAACAUUGAUUUUUUAUUGUUUAACAGAUUGUAUUGUUUCCUUUCAUCACUUUCCCUCUCUCUUUCAAUAGUCAUGAUCUCACAAACUUUCCGACUCUCACGACAGACCGCAGCUCUCUUGUGAGCAGUGUUUCUCUUUGAUGGAACUUUUUCAUAUAUAUAACCCAGUUCUCAGACCAAAACUGACCGAAAGAAAGAAAAGCUGCCCGUAUGUUCUUGGACACAAAGUGGUACUUCAGCUGUCAUGAAGCUCAAUCUGUAAAUGACCAUGCCACCUUUAACUUCAUACGAGAAAAACAAAGAAAGACGUUACUCGUAUCGACAACACUUUGAAAUACAAUAAUGAAAAAUGAAGUCGUCAGUGUUGGGUGCAGCUGUUCUCCUAUUGCAGAAAAACGUACCAUCCGCAGUGCAUGCUUCUGCAUCAGAGUGCAAGAACUUAAGUGACAUAUUUUCUUUCCAGUGUGUUAUUGUUUUUGUGAAAAUGUUAUUCGCUCUAUCUGCUUUCAAAAAAGGCAGUGAAUUGUUUUUUGUUUUUUUAUGUUAUGGAUUGUUUUACCCGUGGCCAUACUGAAUGUAACCUAUCGUGCGACAGAUCACUAACGAUGUAUGCAAGAAAAAGCACUACCGUGUUGAAAUAAAGGCCUACUGCACUGUUUUUAAGACGAAGCUGAA